AUGUCUACCACUCGCCAGUUCGACCCCAACUUCACUCCCUAUGUGAUCAACUCCAUGGGACCUAAGACCCCCGAGCGCACUCGUGUGCUCCUGGGCUCUCUUAUCAAGCACAUCCACGAGUUCGCUCGUGAGGUCGAGCUCACCCCCGCCGAAUGGAUGCUGGGUGUCGAGUUCAUCAACUCCAUCGGCAAGAUCAGCACUCCCGUCCGUAACGAGUGCCACCGUAUCUGCGAUGUGAUCGGUCUGGAAUCCCUCGUCGAUGAGAUCGCCAACAAGAUCGUCACCGAAGACGGUGUCUCCCCUACCUCCAACGUCAUCCUUGGUCCCUUCUGGUCUCCCAACGCUCCUUUCCGCGCGCUCGGCGACAGCAUCAUCCAGGACCCCAACCCUAACGGCAAGGUCACCUACAUGCACGGUAUCAUCAAGGAUAUGGAGACCGGCAAGCCCAUUGAGGGCGCCGUCCUCGAUAUCUGGCAAGCCUCCGCCAACGGCCAGUACGACUUCCAGGACCCCAACCAGACCGAGAACAACCUGCGUGGCAAGUUCCGUUCCAACGAGAAGGGCGAGUUCUGGUGGUACUGCUACCACCCCACCCCUUACUCUCUCCCCACCGACGGCCCCGCCGGUGUGCUCCUUAACCUCAUGGACCGCUCCCCCAUGCGUCCCGCUCACAUCCAUCUCAUGAUCACCCACCCCGACUACGCCACCGUCAUCAACCAGAUCUACCCCAGCGACGACCCUCAUCUUGACAUUGACUCCGUCUUCGCCGUCAAGGACGACCUCGUUGUGGACUUCAAGCCCAAGACCGACGACCCCAAGGCCCACCUCGACCUUGAGUACAACGUCAACAUGGCUCUCAAGAAGCACCACCCCAACCCCAACUCCGCGCCCCCUGUCUCCUCCUUCGAGCGCUUCAACAAGAAGGAGGGCAAGCUGUAA